CCGAGGACUACAGCAUGGGGCACCGGGACCUGGCGGCGGCGGCUCUGGUCACCCUGACUCUGCAGCUGGUUUAUUCAUCCUCCAAACUCAACGUCCCCAAAGUACUACUGCCCUUCACCCGGGGCACCAGGAUCAACUUCACCCUGGAGGUCACACAGGGCUGCUACAAGUGGUCAUCAACCAGACCUGAAGUUGCCAGUAUUGAACAUGUAACCAUUUAUGACCCUCGGUGUUCAAAUCAAGCGGUGGUGCAAGCACGUGCAACCCACCCUACACGGCUUACCAGUAUCAUCUAUGCAGAAGACAUAUAUACCGGCCACGUCCUCCGAUGUGAUGCCAUCAUCGACUUAAUUCAUGACCUUCAGAUUGAAUCCACUACAAGAGAGCUUUACCUGGAGGACUCUCCACUGAAGCUGAAAAUAAAAGCGUUAGACUAUGAAGGGAAUACAUUCAGUACAUUAGCUGGUUUAGCUUUUGAAUGGACAGUGGUGAAGGAUUCUGAUGUGGAUGGAUACUCUGACUCUCAUAAUUCUUUGCGAAUUCUUAAGUUUUUGGAGUCCACCUAUGUACCUCCAACCCACAUAUUAGAGAUGGAGAAAGUUGCAAAACAGGGUGACACAGUUUUGGUGUCUGGAAUAAAGACUGGAAGCUCCAAACUAAGAGCAAGAAUGUUGGAACCAGUAUAUGAGAACUUGAAUCCUACAGAGGUCCGACUGCUUAUUCUAGAAAACAUUCUUCUGAAUCCAGCAUCUGAUAUUUAUCUACUUGUUGGUUCCUCUAUAAAAUACAAAGUUCAGAAAUGCAAAAAUGGAAAAAUUACAGAUUUGGCUAUGCCAUCUGAUCAAUACACUUUAGAACUACAGAACCACGUUCCUGCCCAUGAGGGUAACAAGCAUAAGCCAGUAGCCAAGCUGCUCCAAAGCACAUCCACUGUCACUGCAUUGCAGAAGGGUCAAACCAACAUUAUGCUGGUUCAUAAGAAUAUCCGUAUGCAGGGAGCUUCUAGGCUGCCAAAUGGUACCAUCUACGUGGUUGAACCUGGAUAUUUAGGUUUCACUGUCCACCCUGGUGACCGGUGGAUUCUUGAAACUGGAAGAUAUUAUGAAAUAACCAUUGAUGUGUAUGACAAGUCUAGUAACAAGGUCUAUGUAUCAGAUAAUGUACGUAUUGAGGCGAAGAUACCGAACGAAUAUUUUGAUGUUCUGGAAUCCUCCUUGAAUGGGUCUUACCAUCGUGUGAAGGCCUUAAAGAGUGGUCAAACAAUUAUUGAUGCAGCUCUGACAUGUAUGGUGGAUGAGGAUGGCGGUGUUCAUGUUUUACCAAAUCCAGUGAGGAAUCAGCAGGAAGUGGAGAUUUACUCACCAAUUUCUGUGUCACCCGAAAUCCUAACGUUCCCCUGGCAGCCGACACCUGGAGCCUAUCAGUAUACAAUCGAGGUACAAGGUGGAAGUGGCAAUUUCACAUGGUCGUCUUCUAAUAACUCUGUGGCCACGGUGACUGUCAAAGGGCUGAUGACAACUGGAGAUGACAUUGGUGUCAGUGUGAUACGUGCUCGGGAUGUUCAAAAUAUUCUACAUUAUGGAGAAAUGAAGGUGUUUGUGAUUGAACCCACUGGCAUGGAAUUCAUACCUUGCUCAGUUGAAGCCAAGCUGGGGAAACAACUUGAGCUUCCUCUUAGGAUUUUUGGCCCUUUAAGUGGAGACACCGAGGUGGUGACACUGAGCGACUGUUCACACUUUGACUUGGCUGUAAAAAUGGAGACACCUGGGAUAUUUAAGAUCCUGCCAGGAAGACUGAAGCCUGGCCUCGAUUAUUGUAGCGGUAUUAGAGUUCAAGCUGAAACCCCAGGAUACACAACCAUAUUUGUCAGCUACACACAUGGUCAUGUACACCUAAGAGCUAAAAUCAUUGUGGCUGCCUAUCUACCCCUCAAGACUAUUGAUCCGCCAUCAGUAGCGCUGGUUACAUUAGGUUCUUCAAAAGACAUGCUAUUUGAAGGGGGGCCCAAUCCUUGGGUGCUAGAACCUCUGAAGUUCUUCCGGAAUGUAUCUGUGGAGGAGAAGGACCGCACUGGUCUGUUUCUGCUUGAUACCCCAUUAUCUCGUAAUAAUUUUCAUCACUGGAUUAGAACUGUUUGCAGAGACCUUGAUGAACAGAUGAUUUCGCUGUCUGUUGGAAAUCAACCCACAGUGACCAACCCAUUCCCAGCAGUUGAGAAUGUUAAUGUGAAGCUGGCCUGCUCGCCUCCAUCACGAUUUACUGUGAAUCCUGUGUAUAAUCAUUCCCAUAUGGAUCUCAUCUGUCCACUGAUGCAGCAAGAAAAGCAACUGAUUCCGGUUUCCAACUAUCGGAAUCAGUUGUUGCAGUUAUCGGCCUACGAUCACCAGGGGAGAAAGUUUGACAACUUUAGUUCUUUGGCUGUUGAGUGGGACUCGUCCAAGAUGUCACUAGCCAGCUUUGAUUCAAAACCUAUGGAAUAUAUUCAAAAAGAAGAUGGAAGUAGUCAGCGAAAGAUGCAUGGUCUGAACACGAUUCAUGUUCAUCAGGUAUCGGGAAAAGCAGUUAUUACUGCCAAGGCAAACCAUUACCAGGAUUCUCAUCUCCUAGUCGCCAAUGUUAGAACACGGGUGAAAACACUCACACCUGUUGCUGCCAGUCUAGAACUUCUACUUGUGGAGGAUUUGAGGGUGAAUCCCGAAGCAAUUUCCAUCUACAAUCAUCCAGAUGUUACGGCUGAAUUCACCAUUUUGGAGGGUUCAGGAUAUUUCUUUAUUAACAGCAGUGUCGCUAAUGUCAUUAAUACCGCCUUACAAGAAUCCAAAGGAGUUGUCACAGUUUAUCCUUUGCGUCCAGGAACAGUGUCAGUCAUGGUUUUUGAUCUUUGUUUGUCCUUCCCUGCACCAGCCACAGUUAACGUUCAUGUGUCAGAUAUUCUCCAGGUGGAUGUUAGGGUAGUCGACAAGGUAGAAAUUGGGAAGACUGUUAAAGCCUAUGUGAGGGUCCUGGACUCUUUUCAAAAGCCAUUUCUUGCUAAAUAUUUUGCCUAUAUGAACUUGGACCUGGGUUCGUCCUCACAGAUUGUGUCCAUCAGCCGAGCACUGAAUGAGAAAGUGGAUGAAUUUACUGCAGUCUUUGCUAUCCGCGGUCUGGCCAUAGGACAAACAAGUCUCACUGCAUCUGUUGUCGACCAAGCUGCCAGCAGAAUAGAUUCUUCACCUAAACCAUUGGAGGUUUUCCCUCCAUUCCAACUUUUGCCUAGACGGAUUAUACUCCUUAUUGGUGCUAUGAUGCAGAUAACUUCAGAAGGAGGCCCACAGCCUCAGUCCAACAUCAUUUUCUCGAUCACGGAUGAGAAUGUUGCAUCUGUAAGCAAUAGUGGAUUGGUGAAAGGGGCAAAAGUUGGAAAUGUUACUGUGACUGGUGUCAUUCAAGCUGUUGAUGCUGAAUCUGGAAAAGUGGCCAUAGUUUCUGAGGAUGAAGUACAAGUUGAGGUAAUUCAGCUUAAAGGUGUUCGUAUUCAAGCCCCGGUGACCAGAAUGAAAAGUGGCACACAGAUGCCAGUCUAUGUGAUGGGAAUCUCUAGUAGCCAGACUCCAUUCACGUUUGGUAACGCUGUUCCUGGUCUCACUUUCCACUGGUCAGUAAUAAAAAGGGAUUUUGUAGAGGUGAAGAGCAGGCAUGAUGAGGCAUCUAUAAACCUUCCAGAACAAUAUAACUUUGCUAUGAAUGUUUAUGCCAAAAUGAGGGGGAAAACUAAUCUCAGAGUGACCGUACGAGCGACAGAUCCUUUGGCAAAUCAGUUCUUCGGCCAGGCCCAGGAAUUGUCAGAUGAGAUUCAGAUUCAGGUGUUUGAACGAUUGAAUUUAAUAAACCCAAACAUAGAAGUUGAGCAGAUCCUCAUGUCUCUACAUUCCAACUUGAGGCUUCAAACAAAUAGGGACCAAGCAGCCACUGUUAACUAUCGCAUUUUGAAUGGGCCAAACAUGUUACCGGUUGUUCAGGUGGAUGGUAAUGGACUGCUGACAUCAGGCUCACUCACUGGAGUAUCUACUAUAGAAAUAAAUUCUAAGGAACCUUUUGGAAUCAACCAAACCAUUAUUGUGUCAGUGAAGGUAUCACCAAUUUCAUAUAUGCGCUUAGUGACUAGCCCGGCUAUACACACGAGCGGUCAUUUAUUGUCUGCAAUUCCUCUGGGAUCUACAUUGCAUUUCUCAGCCCGUUUCCAUGACAACACAGGCGAGGUCUUCCAUGCACAGAAUUCCAUUCUCAACUUCGCAAUUAACAGGGAUGACUUUAUACAUAUUGGAAGGGGACCCACAAAUGACAGCUUUAUCAUGCGCACAGUCAACGUUGGCUUUACAAUAUUAAGAAUAUGGGAUACUGAGAAUCCUGGAAUUUCAGAUUACGUUCCUAUCCCUGUACAGCACAGCAUUUACCCAGCUGUGAAGGAAACUGUGGUUGGUGAUGUAAUCUGCUUUGCUUGUUCAAUAACUAGUCCGGAAGGCUUGACCGGGACAUGGAGCUCUUCUUCUAGUGCACAUCUUCAGAUCGACCCCAAGUCUGGUGCUGCUUUAGCAAGAGAAUCUGGACUGGUUACCGUGUAUUAUGAAAUUCCUGGCCUACUGAAGACAUACCGAGAGGUGUUAAUACACUCUCCACAGAGAACGCGAGUUGUGGAUGGAAAUGGAGAGAAAAUCAAUUUGCAGUCUGCAAAGAUUCAUAAAUUCCUAGUUGAGAUCGGGGAAAAUGGCAACAAUUUGAAAGGGGAAUGUUCUUCUGGCCAGAUAGAAGCAAUUCAAGAGCUUCACCCAGAAAGUCUUAUCCAUUGCCAUCUGCACUUUAAAGAUCACAGUCCUGAUGUUCCACCUCCUGAAUUAUUUUCUGUUAAAACAGGAUUUGAUGUAGAAACAGGUCACUACACCUGUUCCCUCUCAAGACAGCAGCUUUCAGAGAGCCAGCUAAAACAUCUCAGCAUGGGGGACACAUCUCUCACUGUAACAGCAUCCGUACUCGGCAGUCAUGUCUACAGAGAACAGAUCGGAGCGCUCGUGUCUGUUUAUCUUGGGUUUUAUACCAGUCAGAAGGAAAUAGUUCUAAGUAAUCAUUAUACCACAGCUGACAUCAAGAUAUUUGGAGCUGUUGAAGUUCUGAACAAUCUGGAGGUGAAGACUGGAUCCCCGGUGGUGACUGUCUAUCGAAAAGAAAAGUCCUCUGGAGUACCCAGCUUUGUGACAUAUGAAGUUGGCAUUGCGAACAUGCAGGCUUUACACCAGGGAUCAUUAUCCACAUCACUUUCUGUUUCGAGUUACUUGUCAGACCAGACCAUUGAUGUUCCCAUCAAACUGAUUGCAGAGACAGGCCCCAUUAAUGGGCCUUACACUGGGGAGCAUGGCUUCUACAAGACCUUCAUGGACUCUUAUCCCAUUUUCUUCUUUACUUUGUUCGCUCUCCUAGCUGGGGCUGCCAUUGCGAUUAUAGCUCUCAACGAAGCCCGUUAACCACCCAGCGUUUAUCUUGCUCUCAUCCCGUUUCCGCGCUACAAGGCAGUUCUACGUCUGCAUCACCAGCAAUAUAUUCCAACCCAUCAAACUACUCACCUCGUCGGCUACUGUGAAGUCCAGCCUAUGCUUCCAACUAAAGAAACCUAGGUUUCACCAAAGAGCAGAUCUAUUUCAUUUUGGGGCCUUUUGUUUGCAGUGCAUGUGUUGUGUAGCACAGCAUGAGGCUGACAUUUUAUGCGUUUUCUUAUAUUUGGGGUCUCUGUCUACGAGGCCGUUGUACUCUUCCCGAUACUUGUGGAUGUGGAUUCCACAGUAUCCAUCAGACCUCUAGAUAUACACAGCUUUUUUUUCAAUGCCGUCCACUUGAUUUCAUUGAGCGAUUGUAAUGAUAAUUGUUUGUUUUUAACCCUUUUGAUUGUUCGGUACUUUUUUAAAUUUUUUAGAUCGAAUGGAAUUGUUGAGUUUUUAUGAAUUUAUGCAGUUUUAGUUCUUGACGCCGGAAAAAUGUUUUUUUAUUAAUUUUUUCUUCUGUUUUCAAGAGGAGACUUGUGUUUUUUGUGAUUUUGUUGGUUGACUAUAUGACCACUCGGAUUUAGAAUGCUUUGUAUGUUACAGCUCAUUCUGUUAAUCUCAGGAAUAAUUCUACACUGAUUAGUAAUUGUAGCCUUGCAAUGUGAGCCUGACCCAUUGGAAAUGCAUAGCUGUGAAAAUGUCCUGCGCACGUUACUCUACAUCAGUGUUUCCCAACCAGGGUGCCUCCAGC